AGACUGUAGACCCAUUUUAUACACGUUGUAGUACCUGUUAUCUUGCCUAAAUGAGAGGGUGUACUUAUAAUAAAUAGCAAGGGUCAUAACUGAUACUGAGGAAGGUGCCCUGUGUUUUAUCAAUGAUAUUGGCAAUUAAACUCAGACACUAACAGACAGUUUCCCAGACAUGGAUUAAGACUACACCUAAAUUAAGAACACAAUUCAUGAUCUCCAGUGACAAAUGCUUUUAGUCUGCUGGGGAAACUGAGCCUUUAUGUGGUAUUACAUUUCAGUUGAAAAAUAAAAAUUAUGUAAUGGAGAUUGAGCUUUGUGAAUGUGCAAUGUUGCGGUAACUCACUGUCAAAUGUAACUUUGAAUUUAAAGAGAUUCUGUUGAAUGCAUUGUUACGUGGUGAUUUUAAACAUCCACAGCCUGAUUAUACCACUGCAGAGGUCAAACAAAGGUCAUCACAACAACAAAAACAAAGGUCAUCAUAAAGUUGAUUUGAACCUUUUCACACAACGAUAUGUUCUAUACUGGAUAACGGCACUGUUGUAAACGCUGCACGUGUCUGAUAACGUCGGACCAAAUUAUUGUGAUCUUCGGUUUGUUUUUUAGUUUAUGUAUUUCAGCGUGCAGACAGAUGAUUGACGAAGUGAAGGUUAAAUUCAAAGAAUAUCUACCACAUUUCUUUUAUAACUCUGAUGAGAAACAUGUAGGCCUUUAGACUUUGGGCUUAUAGAGUCCAGUUGCUGGCAAUCUACCAAUAGACUAACAGGGUUUUCCAGCAGCACACAGCUUUAGCACCUGUUAUAGCGCUGAAACUACACUGGUCUACUGUUAUUCAAACCACAUGACCUCACUUAUUGCUGACUCACAUUGAGACUUUUGAAUCGCAUGCAGUUUAAUGUCAUACAGGCCGGAGUUCUGACUGAAACAAAACCCCUGUGACCCAGCACCUAAGAUUAGCUGCUUGUUGAUGUCGGAUGACCCCUCUGAGAUGCUGUGGCGUACUAAGACAAGCAGACAGACAGACAGACAGACUGACCAACCAAGAGUAGAAGCAUCUUUGACAGACAGAAAGACAGAUAAGCCCUGGGGGAUGAAAUGUAAAUAAGAGACCCUCUAUGAGUGAAAGGGAUUUUUUUCCAGAGGGUUUAGUCGGGAAAGGAGCUCUAAGGGACGGAGUGAUGCAUUGUCGGAGCAGUAACCAUGGAGAUGACAUAAGCAUGAGAAAAGUGUAUGGUAGACAAACGUACGCUAAAGAGCUCUUCCAGACCUUGGAGGGUUUCAGGGACUCCUCUCUGCUCACUGACCUGACUCUGAGCACUGAGGAUGGGCUGAGCUUCCAGGUCCACUCCCCUGUCCUGGCUGCUGUCAGCUCCCUGGUCCACCACAGUCUGCAGGACGGGGAUGCAGAGUGGGAGAAGAGGGGAGGAUCUGUUGAUGGUGACACACAGAGAGAGGUGUCGAUGGUUCUGGGUCCUGGGAUGGACCGUGUAGGGCUGGCGGGGGUGCUGGAGUUUGCCUACACUGGGGUCAUAGCAGCCUUGAACACAGGAAAUCUGGUCCAGAUCCAGACUGCAGCUCAAGUACUGGGAGUUCCCAGAGUUCUGGAGCUCUGUAGAGAGGAAGAGGAGAAGAUGAAGAUAGGAGGACAGAAGAAGACAGAGGAGAGGAAAAUCUCAGCUGCAGAACAGAUGGAGAUCAGUCUUCAGUCCAUCAGACAGCUGUGGACACAGAGAGUAGGCUGUGAUGUCGUACUGGGGGUGGAUGGAACUUCUUUUUAUGCUCACAGAGUUGUCCUGGCUGCCAGUAGUGCUUAUUUCAGAGCAAUGUUCACCAGUGGGAUGAAAGAAUCCCAGCAGUACUGUGUGACUCUCCCCUUCCUGUUGGCAUCGGAGCUGGAGAUCCUGAUUGGUUGCUCGCACAGCGGGUCACUUUCUCUCAAUUGGGACUGUGUCUUUGAGGUCGGCUGCACCGCCCUCCGGCUACAGUUCCAGGCCGCCUUCUCACUGUGCAUCGACUUCCUGCAACAGGAAAUAGGCAUCAACUCCUGCCUGGAUGUGGCGUCCUUCGCUGAGGAGUUUGGGAUGGCAGAUCUUCUCAAAACAGCCGACAACUUUGUCCUCCGGAACUUCAAUAAGGUCUCAGUCACAGAGAAGUUCAAAGACUUGCCCUUUAAAAAGCUUCGUAAGUUCCUGAGAAGCCUUUACCUCUGUGUGUCUUCUGAACUUGUCGUAUUUAAGGCAGUGGUGUCCUGGAUCGAGGUCAAUCCCAUGACCAGUCAUAGACUGAUUAGAGAGCUGCUGAAAACUGUUCUGUUCCCUUUAAUGACCUUCACAGACUUUAAAGAGAUCAAAGCCAUGAAAAUAUGGACUGAUUGCAACUCUGUUUAUCUCUUGAAGACCUUUCUGAAAAAAUUCUGGUCUUAUCGCUUUGCCUCAGACAACCAUUACAGGAUCUACCUACCCACAGAGACAUUGGUCUUGGUAGGUGGAAACCAGUUCUGUGAGGAUACACAGGUACAUAUUCCUAGCCAAGAAUUGUGGUUUGGUAAUUCCCUGAGGAACCAUAUUGGCAUUGUGAAGAGUGUGGAGUGGAGGAAGCUGGGAGAGAUACCAGAGACACCCAGGGUUAGUCAUGAGGUGGUGGUUCUGGAGGGGAAGUUGUUCGUGGUCGGAGGCAGGAAGUUCUGGAAUAGAUCGGACGCCCUGAGCUCAGCCUGGCGGUACGACCCAGCUACAAAUGAAUGGCAGAAGCUGGCCGACAUGCAGGAGCCAAGGUUCUCCUUCUCUGUGGUUGCUGUGGAUGGUUUGAUAUAUGCCAUAGGAGGAGACUUCGAAUACCAGGCUAACUUUGACAGGGUGGAUCGCUACUGCCCAAAGACAGACUCCUGGAGCUCCUGCAAACCUCUGGACUCUGCCUUGAGCGGCCACUCUGCCUCAGUGCUGGACGGCCAGAUCUUCAUCUCAGGAGGCUUCAACUGCAACUAUGAGUGUCAAGUGUCCAUGUUCCUCUACCACCCAGAGAGAGGAACCACCUACCUGACUGACAUGAUCCAACCCCGGGCCUUACACUGCAUGGAGACCCUCAAUAACCGCCUGUACGUGACAGGUGGUAUCUCCGCUGAUGCCCAGAGGGGCUACUUUGACCAGCUGUCCUGUGAGGUGUACGACCCUGGGAGGGACUCCUGGAGCUCCAUCUCCCCCCUGACCGUCCCUCACGUUGGCCCAGCCUCGGCAGUCCUGGAGGGGAAGCUGUACGUGCUGGGAGGGUACUGCCAGGAGGACAACAGGGAGUCCAAGCUGGUGCACCGCUACGAUCCCAGCAGCCAGUGCUGGGAGAACAUGGGCAGUAUGCCUGGACCCAGCAUCGCUUUACAAGCAUGUGUGCUUUCCCUGCCGGCACAUCUGAGACAAUUACCUCAUUAAAUUAACCAGUGUAGUUUCAUGCACCAUUGGCAUUAGAGGGAUUUUUUGGGCACUUUAGUUUAACAGAAAAAUACUAAUGAUCAUGAUUGUAUUUCAGAAACUUCAGAAAAAGAAAUCUAUGUCAGCUCCAGUUAGCAUGUAGCUAUGAAAAGUAUUGGGGACGGGCUCAAUGUAUUCAAAGCUCGGCAUUUACCUGAAAUAACGUGGUUUGUAAGACUGAUUUUGUUGUUUAUUUUUUUCUAGUAUUCUACAAGCGGUGUUUUAUAAAUACUGUUGUUUGUCUUUCGUUUUUUAAUAUUUCAGAUACUAAAGUAUAAAAGUGGCAGUGGCAUUUACAUCAUUAUAGAUUAUAUACAUGCACUUGUCGAGAUGUAACCACUUUAAACAAACUACUUUAAAUGUUGUGUUUCUGCAAAUUUUCUGUGAAAUAAAUACAAAGAUUGUACUUCAAAUUAUUCUUUUGUGCAGGUUUUUU